CGUUUGUCGACUUUUGAUACGCAUCAUCUUCUUCCGGGUCCUCAUCAUUUUUGAGACUUUAUUUCAUAUUUUCUUCUCAUAUAAAAUAUCAAAAUGGCUGCUGCCCCACCAACCUUUAAGCUUGUCCUUGUCGGUGACGGUGGUACUGGAAAGACCACCUUCGUCAAGCGUCACCUUACUGGCGAGUUCGAGAAGAAGUAUAUCGCAACUCUUGGUGUCGAAGUGCACCCUCUCACUUUCACCACCAACCUGGGAACCAUCCAGUUCGAUGUGUGGGAUACUGCCGGUCAGGAGAAAUUCGGUGGUCUCAGAGAUGGGUACUAUAUCAACGGCCAGUGCGGUAUCAUCAUGUUCGAUGUUACCUCCCGUAUCACCUACAAGAACGUCCCCAACUGGCACCGCGAUCUCGUCCGUGUCUGCGAGGGUAUCCCCAUCGUGCUGUGCGGCAACAAGGUUGAUGUCAAGGAGCGUAAGGUGAAGGCCAAGACCAUCACCUUCCACCGCAAGAAGAACCUCCAGUACUACGAUAUCUCCGCUAAGUCGAACUACAACUUCGAGAAGCCCUUCAUCUGGCUUGCCCGGAAGCUGGUCGGCAACCCCACGCUGGAAUUCGUUGCUGCCCCUGCUCUUGCUCCUCCCGAGGUCGCAGUCGACCCGGAAGCUAUGAGGAAGUACGAGAACGAGAUGAAAGAAGCCGCGUCACAGCCUUUGCCCGAUGAGGAUGAUGCUGACUUGUAAGCGUGAGAUCGAUGAAUGGAUGGGGCUGGACAAUCU